AUGAACAUAAACACCGCCACUUGGGACCCCAUUAUAGUGUUUCUAGUGGCGCAGAAAUUAGAUUCAGAUACGUUAAGAUGUUGGGAAGAGGAAGCUUACAAGGAGAACAGCGACGAGUUGUCUACGUGGGUGGCGUUGAAAAGGUUUCUCGAGUCUAAGUUUCGUACGCUCGAGUUAAUAGCACCUACCACUUCUACAGUAGCAAAAGAGAAGACACAAGGUCACAAGACGUAUCAUGUCGUAGCAAAGGACGCUGAGAACGCUAAGGGUGACUCUGCGUUCACCAAUAGUAGUUCAUCACCUAGUUGUGUGUAUUGCAAGGGUAACCAUUACAUUUAUAAUUGUAAAGAGUUCGCAAAACAAACUGUACUACAACGACGUGAUUUUGCGAAAACCAAAAACCUUUGCUUCAACUGCUUAGUCCCAAACCACACAGUCUUUAAAUGUAAACAAAAUAAGAAAUGCCGAGUCUGCGGAAGAAAACAUCACUCUCUCUUGCAUGAAGCAAAAGAAACAACACAAGAGAGUGACAAGGAAGAAAAUAACAAACAGGAAAGUAACAAACAAGAACAACCAACAGAACGGGUCACAAGCGCCCACUUCUCCAAGGAUCAAUCUGGUCGACGAGUGCUAUUGGCAACAGCACAAGUACAUGUUACAUCAAGCGACGGCGAAACACAUGUCUUGCGAGCAUUGAUCGACCAGGGCUCAGAGGCUUCACUUAUAUCUUCAAGAGUAGUCGAGCUCUUGAGAUUGAAGAAGACAACUAUCAAAGGUGUAGUCUCAGGUGUAGGAGAAGGAAACUUAGUUCCAUUAAAGCAUGUAGUGGACCUGUCAGUUACAUCGCGAUAUGAUAGAAUGAAUGUUAUUCAAGUAAAGGCAUAUGUCUUGAAAUCACUAUCUGCGAAAUUACCUUCAAAACAAAUCACGAUGGACUGGCCAGCCCUCCAAAACCUAUUAUUGGCUGACCCUACGUAUAACACACCGGGCAAGAUUGAUAUACUACUCGGUGCAGACGUCUUUUGCAAAAUCAUAGAAGAUGGUUUAGUAAGAUGUUCUGAUGGCAUAGUGGCUCAGAAAACUACUUUGGGGUGGAUACUUUCAGGUCAAAGCGAGGACAAAUCAAUUAGCGACGAACACAAAAUAACAACAUUACAUGUGACAAGUAUGGUAUCAGAAGACAAUGAUCUAUUGAAAAGUUUCUGGGAAAUUGAAACAGCUUUAUACAAGAAAAGACAACUAUUUACAAGGGAAGAAGAGAUGUGCGAAGAAAUUUACAAGAAGACAACUAAAAGAAUAAACGGUAAAUACACAGUGCACUUACCUUUGCGACAAGGAAUAGAAGAGACACUAAAAUUAUGUGGAGACACGAAACAACAAGCCGUUUAUAGAUUCAAACAACUGGAGAAGAAGUUUCAAAGGUCUCAGAGUUUUAAGUCAGAUUAUUCUAAGGUAAUUCAGGAGUAUAUUGAAAUGGGUCAUUUGAAAAGAUCUAAUUCUAAUGAUGACAACAAAUCAGUCUACCUCCCUCAUCAUGCGGUAAUACGCGAAGACAAGGACACAACAAAGGUUCGAGUAGUUUACGACGCGUCAGCAAAGGGUUCUAAUGGACAUUCUUUGAACGACACCAUGAUGAUCGGACCUGUAUUACAACCAGACUUACGAAGCUUAAUUAUAACAUGGCGAACACAUCGGAUAUGUGUUGUGGGAGACAUAAUCAAGAUGUACCGAAUGAUUGACAUGACACCAGAGCACACAAAUUUACAACGAAUAGUCUGGCGAAAUAAUCCAGAAGACCAACUAGAAAGCUACAACUUGAUGACCGUAACCUUCGGUACAGCUGCAGCCCCCUAUCUAGCUGUACGAACGUUACUACAACUCGCCGAAGAUGAAGCACUUGAAUUUCCAAAUACAGCACCUGUAAUAAAGAAUUCGUUUUUUAUGGAUGAUUUGAUGACAGGAAAUGACACUGAAGAAAAGGUAAUGAAAAUGUGUGAGGAAAUAAAGGUGAUACUAAGUAGAGGGAAUUUUAAAAUGCAAAAGUGGUCUAGCAACUCAGAAAGGGUAUUAAAGGGAUUACAGGAAGGAAAUAAUGCAAAUAGUACUACGAAGGAUGGAAUAGAGAUAAAACUAGACAAAGUUUUAAAAAUUCUAGGAUUAACUUGGGAUAGGAAGGAUGACACGUUCAAAUUCACAAUUAACUUACCUGAAGCGCGAUGUCCCGUAACGAAGAGAGCUAUUCUAUCUGAUGUAGCAAGGCUAUUUGACCCAUUUGGAUGGCUGUCUCCUGUGAUUGUUGACGCUAAAGUUUUUAUACAAAAACUGUGGCUGUGCAACAUGGGAUGGGAUGACGAGCUGCCAUCACAGUUAAUAGACGAAUGGAUGACAUAUAGAAGGGAAUUAAUACAUCUGCAAAACAUCGCAAUACCACGCUGGUUUAAAACUACACCGAUUAAUUAUGAAAACAUUGAAUUGCAUGGUUUUGCAGAUGCAUCUAUGAAAGCAUAUGCUGCCGUAACUUACCUGAAGGUUAUUGAAGGGAACACAGUGCAUAUCACAAUCAUCGCGUCUCGUACCAAGGUUGCGCCGUUGAAGCAAUUAUCAAUUCCAAAACUGGAAUUAUGCGCCGCAGCAUUGUUAGCAGAAUUAAUUAAUGACCUGAAAGACCUGUUGAAAAUACCUAAAAACAAAAUCUUCGCGUGGACUGAUUCAAUGGUGGUUAUGUCUUGGUUGCAAUCUCAACCUAGUCGUUGGCGAACAUUUGUCGCAAACCGAGUAGCAGACAUAACAAGAAUUCUAGAUAAUGACCGAUGGAGAUUUGUUCAAUCCACCGAUAAUCCAGCCGAUAUCGCUACAAGAGGCGUGAAAGCAAGCGACCUGGCUUCCUUUGAUUUAUGGUGGUCUGGACCUGAAUGGUUAAAACACAAAAAUGUCGAUACACAUACCUAUGAAAUUCCACAAACUGAAUUAGAAUUGAAAGCAUCAUCGUUUCACACAAAUGUAGAAGACAAACCAAUCUGGGAAUAUUUUUCUUCAAUUUCUAGAAUGAAAAGAAUACUGGCUUACUGCCGAAGAUUUAGAAAACAAGAAGGAGAAACAAGAGAAAAAUAUUUAACAGUAAAUGAGCUAGACAAGGUAUUGGAAUUAUGUAUAAAAUAUUAUCAAGGCUUAGUUUAUCAGAAGGAUAUUGAAGAUUUACAGACUGAUGGAAACGUAAAGAAAAGGAGUUCUCUUAUCUCACUUGCUCCGUUUUUGGAUAAAAACGGUAUUAUAAGAGUGGGAGGAAGGUUAGAAAACGCCGAGAUAGCUGAUAUUACAAAACACCCGAUUGUAAUACCAUGUAACCAGCAUCUAACUAAGUUAAUAGUCCAAGAAGCUCACCUUAGAACACUACAUGGAGGGAUACAAGCGAUGAUGGCUUAUGUGAGAACGAGAUACUGGGUGAUAGGUUUGAAGUCUGUGGUCAGGAAAUGUAUUCACAACUGUAAGACGUGCAUUUUGGAUAAAGCGAAGGUGAAAUUUCAAUUCAUGGGACAACUGCCAGCUGUUAGAGUCAAUCAAUAUCGGCCAUUUAUGAAUAGUGGAGUUGAUUACGCUGGACCAGUUUUAAUGAGAACCUCGAAGGGUCGCGGACACCACGCCACAAAGGGCUAUAUUUGUUUGUUUGUGUGCAUGGCCACUCGCGCAAUCCAUUUAGAAGCUGUCACAGACCUAACAACACAAGCCUUUAUAGCCGCAUUUAGGAGAUUUGUUGCGCGCCGAGGUCAUUGCUCGAACUUGUGGAGCGACAACGGCACAAAUUUCGUUGGCGCUGCGAAGGAAUUGAAAGAAAUGUUCCGGAAGGGCAAGAAUAAUAUCGCGAAAGAAGCGGCUGAACUUCUAGCUAAUGAUAACACAACAUGGCACUUCAUACCACCAAGGAUGCCCACAUGUGGAGGGCUAUGGGAAGCGGGAGUUCAGUCUGCUAAAAGACACCUCUUUAGGAUAAACAAGGACAUGAAGCUGACCUAUGAAGAAAUUUCUACGCUCUUAGCACAAAUCGAGGCAUGUCUUAAUUCGCGCCCUCUUUAUCAAAUGGACAACACUAUAAUGCCACUUACUCCAGGGCAUUUUUUAGUUGGUGAACCCUUGAUUUCGGUUCCUGAUACAAAUUAUGAAUGCCAACCUGUCAGUCUUUUGACUAGGUGGCAAGUUAUACAGAAAAUGACUCAAGAUUUCUGGCAUCGAUGGCGUUCAGAAUAUCUUAACACACUCCAACAAAGAUACAAGUGGCAAGUGAAGGUUCCGGAGCCUGCUAUUGGAGAUGUCGUUAUCAUUAAAGAGGAUAACUUGCCGCCUACGAAAUGGUUGUUGGGACGAGUGAAACAAAUACAUCCUGGAAAGGACAAUCUCGUAAGAGUAGUAACAGUUCAGACAGCAGGCAACAACGAGUUGAAAAGGCCUCUAUACAAAUUGAUACCGCUUCCUAAAGAACCUAAAGUUUAG